CAGUGAGAAGCUGAGGGCGGGCUGAUGUAAUGUACUAGUGACAGAGAUGAGAAAAUGCCAGCAGAUAGGACAUCCCUUGCAGCAUUAAGUUAAGGAGCAGGUCGGGGGAAGGGAGUAAAAUAAUGGGGAAGGAGUAAGGAUGAGAAAACACAGGGGGACGCGGAUAUCCGGUUGCGAGGGGCACAGGCACUAGUACCGCUGCAGGGAGAAAGUUGGAAAGCUGAAAGGGGAGGGAGCCAGCGGAGGUGUGCCGAAUGCGGAUCAUUUGAUUGGCUGAAUUAUAGGGUAGGCGGGGACACAACUCCCAUGCAGGAAGUGGCGAGGUAUUCAAGAUGUCGUCACUGAGGCGCAUAGGAAAGCUGGGUGAGCGAUCCAGCAUCCUGUUCCUGUGCGAUAUGCAGGAGAAAUUCCGGCAGAGCAUUGUAUUCUUUCCUGAGAUUGUGUCUGUGGCUGCCCGCAUGCUCCAGGGUGCCAAGAAACUAGAGAUGCCAGUCAUAAUCACAGAGCACUACCCAAAAGGACUUGGACCCACAGUUCCAGAACUUGGGGCAGAUGGCUUAAAGAAAUACGAAAAGACUUCCUUUAGCAUGCUGACCCCUGAGAUAGAAGAGAAACUGCAGUCGAUUCCUGACCUGCGCUCCAUUGUCUUGUGCGGCAUUGAGACCCAGGCUUGCAUUAUGAGCACUGCCUUAGACCUUCUGGACAAAGGUUAUGAUGUCCACGUUGUGGCUGACGCUUGCUCUUCCCGAAGCCAGGUCGACCGACUCUUUGCCCUCUCCCGGAUGAGACAGAGCGGAGCAUUUCUAACCACGAGUGAAGGUGUACUCCUACAACUUUUAGGGAAUGCCAAACACCCAAAAUUCAAAGAGGUCCAAAAGAUCAUAAUGGAGCCAGCUCCCGACAGCGGCCUUCUGUCUAUUUUCCGAGGCCCGAAUCUUUUCAGCGCAUAAUGUUCUUCAAAUGUCUUUACUAUUUCCCACUUCAAGAAUCACAAUCUCAACUUAAUGAGAUCCGAGCCAAAAUCUAAGCAUCGAGAAGAUUAUGAUUAUUUGUAUUAUAUUCAAUGUUCUCACAUUGCGGGUGGCACUUAAUUAAAAAAUGUACUAGAA